AUGUAUCUAGGCAUAGCAGGUUUAAGGUUAGCAGCCUCCCUGUUUGGCUCUGCUAUAACAAUCGAAGCACAGCAACCCAGACCCAAGCUUCCCCUUUCGAGCCAGAAACGGAACCCGAAAUCCAAACCCCCGACCGACCACCGCGACGCCAAGAUAGGGACCGAGACCCCCACCGCGCCGGCCGCCGCGCCUGCCGGGGACGGCGACGCGGCCGCCCGGAAGCGGCCCGGCGCCGAGGAUGCACCCGCGGCGGGCGACGGCAAGCGCCGCCGCGCGGAGUACCCCUCCUCCGGCUCCCGCGAUCGGCACCACCACCGCCAGAAGCCCGGGGACAAGGAGGGGAAGAAGGAGAGGAUGCGGGCGUCGCACAUCCUGAUCAAGCACGAGGGGUCCCGGCGCAAGGCCUCGUGGCGGGACCCCGAGGGCGUCGCCAUCUCCGCCACCACCCGCGACGACGCCGCCGACCUCGCCCGCGCCCUGCGGGACCAGAUCGUCGCCGGGGAGCUCAAGUUCGAGGCCGCCGCCACCGACAACUCAGACUGCAACUCCGCCAAGCGCGGCGGCGACCUCGGUCCAUUCGAGAGGGGCAAGAUGCAGAAGCCUUUUGAGAAGGCGGUCAUUGCUCUGAAAGUGGGGGAGAUGAGUGAUGUGGUCGACACCGAUAGCGGGGUGCAUAUCAUCUUGAGGACUGGCUGAUCACCUCUGCCGAUCCACAUAAAGCCUGAAACAUUAAGCGGUGACAUUUUUUUGUACUUGCACUGUAACAGAGUGCUCACUGCAAAGCUACUAUGAGAUUGGUUGCGUGCCUGGACUAGAACAUUGUGGUGCUUGGUUGUGUUGUUUCUCUCUCGUGUCUCGGAGAUGGAUACAUGUUUCCUUUUGAAGAAAGUGUAAGUGUGUUGGGAACAUAUGUAUCGAGGAUCAUUUUCUGCUUC